AUGUCUGAGUCGCUGCUCCUCCCCGUGGUGCGUGGCGUGGUCGGCAAGGCCGCCGACGCGCUCGUCCAGACCAUCGCCCGGAUGUGGGGCGUCGACGACGACCGACACAAGCUGGAGCGCCACCUGCUGUCCGUACAGUCCCUGCUUGCCGACGCCGAGGUGAAGAGCGAGGCCAACCCAGCCGUGAGAAGGUGGAUGAAGGACCUCAGGGCCGUUGCCUACCAGGUCGACGACGUCCUCGACGACUUCCAGUACGAGGCCCUGCGGCGGGAGGCCCAGGCCGUCGACCCCAAGGCGACCAAGAUACUGAGGUACUUCACCCUCCACAGCCCUCUCCUAUUCCGCCUCACUGUCAGCUCGAAUCUGAACAAGGUCCUCAAGAGAAUCAACGAGCUGGUGACGGAGAUGCACACAUUUGGUCUGGUGGAGCGCAUAGAGGCGCCGCAACCUCUGUAUCGGCAGACGCAUUCUGCACUGGAAGAGUCUGCGGACAUCUUUGGAAGAGACAACGACAAAGAAGUCGUGGUGCAGCUGUUAAUCGACCAGCAAGAUCAGCGGGAUGUGCAGGUUCUCCCCAUCACUGAUAAUUUUGAAGCCAUUUCUAUUGUGAGAUCCAUCAUAGAACUGGCUACAAAUAAAACAUGUGACUUACCUGACACCAUAGAGCUGUUGAGAGGAAAGCUGCUAGAAGUUGUCGACCGGAAAAGGUUCCUACUAGUUCUUGACGAUGUGUGGAAUGAAGAGCAACAAAAAUGGGAGGACGACCUGAAGCCACUAUUAUAUUCAUCUGUUGGUAGACCAGGAAGCGUAAUAGUUGUUACAAGAAGAAGCCGACAAGUUGCCUCUAUAAUGGGCACCCUUCCACCCCAUGAACUAGCAUGCUUGAGUGAAGAUGAUUCAUGGGAACUGUUCUCAAAGAAAGCGUUUAGCAAAGGAGUUCAAAAGCAAGCAGAGUUGAUAACGAUUGGUAAAAUUAUUGUUAACAAGUGCAAGGGACUACCUCUUGCUUUGAAGACAAUGGGUGGCUUGAUGAGUUCCAAACAUCAAAUCAAGGAAUGGGAGGCCAUCUCAGAGGAUGAUAGGGUUGGCAAAGAUGAAUAUUCCCUAAGGAUGGAUAAGGAUAAGUUAAUCCAACUAUGGAUAGCAAACAGUUUUAUUCAUGCAGAUGGAACUACAGAUUUGGUACAGAAAGAUAUUGUUAGACUGCCAACUUCAGUUUGUAUGUUGUAUAAUUUGCGAUCAUUGAUUCUCAAUCAUUGUGACAAACUAGAGAUUUUACCGGAAAGCAUGCAAAAUAUGAGAAAGCUCACCCACAUUUAUCUAAUAGGAUGUGAUAGUUUGAAGCAGAUGCCUCCAAAACUUAGUCUACUACACAACCUCUGGACACUUACAAAAUUUAUUGUGGACUCUGGAGAUGGCUUUGGUAUUGAGGAGCUCAAAGACCUGAGACAGCUUGGAAACAGAUUGGAACUGUUCAAUUUAAGUAAGAAAUUGUGUUUACGCCACAUGGAUAAGUUGUCCGCAUUAUGUAAGAACAUUGGCACGGUAGCUACAGGGUAUAAUACCACUCUAGCAAUUUUUCCAAAGUUAAAGUCGAUGGAGUUGGAUACAUUGUCAGAGUUGGAGAUAUGGGCAGAAAACAGUGCAGGAGAGCCUAAUAGCUUGGUGGUGUUUCCCCAGCUGGAAGAGCUGUGCAUCAUCGACUGCAACAAAAUUGCAACUCUUCCGGAAAGCCCUGCUCUCACUUCUCUGUAUUAUCAGGGUGUGUCUAUAGAAGGUCUUGUUCCUAUAAGCAUGGCUUUGGGAUCUUGUCCAUCUCUUGUCCAAUUGGACAUUGGGAUGCUGGUAGACAUGGUGAUGCCUGUAAAGGAUCAUGUAAACCAAAGCCAAAGACCUGCACUAGACUCCCUGAGAAGUUUAGGUGUACUCAAUGCCAAUGGCUUCAUAUCAGUGUUCAACUCAUCCAAAUUGCAGCUUGGGCUUGGGGAUUGCUUGGCCUUCGUGGAACGAUUGGAAAUCUGGUUCUGCCACAAUAUUUUGCACUGGCCAGUGGAGGAGUUCGGAUGCUUGGUUGGCCUUCGAUCUCUGGUUAUUAGUUUUUGCAGCAAACUAGAAGGGAAGGGCUCAUCAUCCGAGGAAAUCCUUCCUCUGCCCCAGUUGAAAAGGUUACACAUAUUAGACUGUUAUCGUUUGCUGGAGAUUCCGAAGCUGCCCGCUUCACUUGGGGAAUUGAAUAUUAGUCAGUGCAGAAGUUUGGUGGCGCUGCCUUCAAACCAUGGAGAUCUGCCAAAAUUGAGGAAUCUCUGGCCGUGGGGCUGCGAUGAACUGAAAGCGCUGCCUGAUUGGAUGGAUGGCCUCACUUCUCUUGAGCUAUUGACGAUCGGUUUUUGUCCUGGGAUCGAUAAAUUUCCGCAGGGCCUCCUCCAGCGGCUUCCAGGCCUCAGGUAUCUGGAGAUAAAGGCCUGCCCCGACCUGCAGAGACGUUGCAGGGAAGGUGGGGAGUACUUCGACUUUGUCUCUCCAGUUCCAGAGAAAUACAUUGCCGUAGAAACAGAGGCCCAAAUGAAGAAGUCCAUGAAGAGGUUCCUCCCCUUGUGUGGUGGUGACUCUCAGAGUAAUUGA